AUGAAGUUCUCACACCCGUUGUAUUACCGGAUGCACUGCUCUGUCUUCCACGACCCAAACUAUUCUCUCACCAUCCGCAAGUACCACUGCAAGGUGUGUGGCCUGGCGGUGUUAGGGAAGGAGAACAUAAUGCGCCACGCAGCUGAGCAACACGAGGGGCGUGGUGCCUACCAGUGCCAAUACUGCAAGAAGUUUUUCCUGCGCCUACACUCGUUGGACAUGCACGUCACUUACUCCUGCGGCCGUAACCCAGCCCGUGUCUUCCCGUUGUGUGAUUACUGCGGGAAGAAAUUCUGCCAACCACAACACCUCCGCUCGCACCAAAAGCGCAUGCACGCAGACAUGGCCGAAGUCCUGAGGGAAUUCCAGUGCAAGUUGUGCUUCAAGAUCUUGGGUUCUCGGGCGGCGCUGCAGAGACACUUGAAGGAGGUGCAUCACAAGGUUAGUUGCGACUUGAGCACGGGCGCGACCUGUGACCGAUGCGGCAAAAUGUUCCAGAACAAAAGCAAUCUCAAGAUCCAUAUGUUGACGCACUCGGGAGUCAAACCGUUCAAGUGCAUCGAGACCAGUUGCAACGCGGCCUUCACCACGAAGCAAUGCCUGCAGUUCCACUACAAAAAGGUACACGGAUACUCGGGCGACAACAUGCCCAAGAUCGAGCGCUGCAUCCCGUACACCUUCGACUCGUACUCGGGCGGCCUCGUCAACGACCCGUCGAGGAAGGCCGCGCCCGAGCCCCGUUCUGAGCCCGAGCAGCCCGAACCCAGCACGCCCACGCCCACCGAACCGCCAGCUCCCGAGGACUCGUCCCAGAGUUCCGACCCGCCCCUCGCGCCGCUCACGCCCACGGAGGGGCCUCCCACAUCGCGCGCCGACCUCCUCCUGGCCGCGGCCGCCAAGCUGCCUCCCGCCGCGACGUUGCACGGCUACGUGACCAAGUACGCCGCCGCCACCCGGCUGGUGAGCAAGGGCUCCCGCAAGUGGCUCGGCGACCCCAUGGACAUGCCCGACCGCGACUACAACGACAGGGACGUGUACGACUUCGACGACAAGCUGGAGGAGGACCUGCUGCAGAAGAGGAAGAAGGACGAGGAGUGCGGCGGCGAGGACAAGCUGUACCGGCGCGAGUCGACCGCCUCCCUGCUGGUGGAGGCGGCGCUCAACGUGGCCGAGCAGAACAUGAAGAUGGACAGCCGCAACAUCGGCAGCCACGACCGCCUGCUGGGCUACAGCGGCCGGUACUCGCCGCUGCCGCCCGCGACGGUCGUCACGUCCAUCGAGCAGAUUCUGCCGCACGACGCCGCCCUCGCCACGCACAUCAAGUACACGACCAGCGCCGCCGACGACGAGCGGGCGCACCUCGAGUACACACUGGAGCGAGAGUACGACCCCCGAGACCUCCCGGAAGUGAUGGUCGUGCACGAGACGAUAGGCUCCCGAGACCUGCACGACCAGCUCAGCCACGACCUGCAAGACAAUCUGCACGCCGCUCUCGACCAUCUCCCACCCACCUCCGUCAACGACGACCUGCACCAUUCCCACCACCACGUACAACACUCGGACCACGCCCACAAUCUCGCCCUGGUCAAAUCCGACGAGUUGCCGCCACCCACGCCCGCAACGCCCGUGGAUCCAGGAACGCCCAUGGCCCCGCCCACGCCUCUGAGUUCAAGCGGGGGUCUCGAGCCGACGCUGCACGUGCUUGACCAGCUGCCCGUGACCCAGGGCCUCCCGGUGUCGCUGUCCUCGCUGUCGGUGGGCCUCGACAUGAGCUACAAGCACUACCGCCACGCCGAGCUGACCCCCGUGAGCCAGGAGCACUGCCUGGCCGGCCAGCUCGACGACUCCGAGGCUUCUAUGGGGCUGGACCCCAUGGGUGAGAGCGCGCAGCUGUCACCUCGGAACGACCACCUGGCGGAUCAGCUGCCGCUGCCCGAGCUCCAGCCCCACGACUUCCGGGGGCUAGCCGCCCUGCGCUCGCCGGAACCCCCGAGGUCGCCGUACCUGUCGCCGAGUCCCACUCCCGACGCGCUCCGCUCGUAUCCCGCGAAUUCGGACGGAAUGCGCUCGCCUCUGCCUGUGGACCAGUGCGUGGACAUGUCGCGCGGGAACCUCUUCAUCCGCCCCGCCGACCUGGCCAGUCUGCAGCAGAGGUACCACGGGGAAGUCAGUCACCAGUCCGGGAGGACGCAGCUGUACGAGCUCGAGCGCGUCCCCUCCCAUUCCCUCGACCUCACGCUGCCCAGACACGACCCUGAGUUGCACAGAGCGAAUUCCCCCCUCCACGGCCCCCCCGUGACCAGGACCAUUUCAUCUCCCUCACAGUUAUCUCCUCACAAUCAGUUAUCUCCUCACAACCAGCUCUCGCCUCACAACCAACUGUCCCCGAAUAAUCAGUUAUCGCCCCACAACCAGCUCUCCCCCAAUAACCAGCUGUCUCCCCACACCCAGUUGCCUCCGUACUCCCAGCUGUCUCCCCAUGGUCAGAUGUCUCCGCUCGUGAGUCUGGGUAUGGUGGAGCGGGGAGGGGUCGGGAGCCCCCCUCUCUCUCCUACGGCUAACCCCCUCCCCCCCAUCAGCCGCAUCGUGGCCCCCUCGUCUCACUCCCCGUUGCUAACCUCGCGCCAAAUGUCUCCAAUACCAAGAUCGGAGCUGUCGCCCUCGUUCACCACGCACACCCACGGGGAGCUGUUCGUGACGAGCGGCGCCAUCCCCCUGCAGCCCAGCACUCCUGGCCCCCCUCUCACCCCCGGCCCCCAGCUCAGCAAGGAGAGAUCCUCGUCUCCCUAUAACCAGUACCCUUCGUCACCGUACCCCAGGCACCAGCACCACUCCUCCCCGCCUCCCUCGUACCACUACCAGUAUUACUGA